AUGCCUUUCCUUGAUGUGCAGAAAAGGCUGAACAUUAACAUAGACCGAUGGUUGACAAUCCAAAGUGCAGAGCAGCCUUAUAGGCUUUCAGCCCGAUGCCAUGCUUUUGAAAAAGAGUGGAUAGAAUGUGCCCAUGGGAUUGGUGGUGCCCAGGCAGAAAAAGAAUGCAAGACUGAGUAUGAUGAUUUCAGAGAAUGUUUGCUUCAUCAGAAAAUGAUUAAACGGAUGGCUGACAUCCAGAAGCAGAGGGACAAGCUGAUAAAGGAAGGGAAGUACACACCUCCACCCCACCACUUGGGCAAGGGAGAGCCCCGGCCCUGA